AGUGGUCGGGGGUAGGAGGCGGGGUCGGCCGCGCAUUGGCUGCUGCGCUGAGAAUCUGUUGUUGCUGAAGCUGCGCGGCUGUUGCUGAGGUCGUUGCAAGUCGCAGGUGUGAGAUGAGCGAUCCGCACACACACGAGUGAUGCCCAACGGGCGACAUGGGCCAAGGGGACGAGACGGAUCGUCUGGUGAUUAAUGUGGGUGGAACGAGGCACCAGACUUACCGCAGCACCUUGCGCACCCUCCCCGGCACCCGACUCGCCUGGCUCGCAGAACCCGAUGCCCAAAGCCACUUUGACUAUGACCCGCGGGCCGACGAGUUCUUCUUCGACCGACACCCGGGGGUCUUCGCCCACAUCCUCAACUACUACCGGACCGGCAAACUGCACUGCCCCGCGGACGUGUGUGGCCCAUUGUACGAGGAGGAGCUCGCCUUCUGGGGCAUCGAUGAGACCGACGUGGAGCCCUGUUGUUGGAUGAACUACCGGCAGCACCGAGAUGCGGAGGAAGCGCUCGACAGUUUUGGGGGCGGCCCUGUGGAUUGUAACGGGGACGACGGGGUCGGAGACCCCACCGGGGACUCAGCGGAUGGAGAAGAAGAGCUGGAGAUGAGCAAACGCCUGGCACUCAGCGACCCCACCGAUGGGAGACCCGGGGGCUUCUGGAGAAAGUGGCAGCGUCGGAUUUGGGCUUUGUUUGAGGACCCCUAUUCCUCCCGAUAUGCCCGGUACGUGGCAUUUGCCUCGCUCUUCUUCAUUCUGGUCUCCAUCACCACCUUCUGCCUGGAGACCCACGAGACGUUCAAUCCCAUUGUGAAUAAAACGGAAACCGAGAUCGUUGGCAACGAGACCCAGUUCCGUUUCUACAGAGAGACGGAGACAGAAGCCUUCCUGACCUACAUCGAGGGAGUGUGUGUGGUUUGGUUCACCUUCGAGUUCCUGAUGAGGAUUACCUUCUGCCCAAACAAGGUGGAGUUUAUCAAGAACUCUUUAAAUAUAAUUGACUUUGUGGCCAUUCUGCCUUUCUACCUGGAGGUUGGACUCAGUGGCCUGUCUUCCAAAGCUGCUAAAGACGUUUUGGGCUUCUUACGAGUGGUGCGAUUUGUCAGGAUUCUUCGAAUUUUCAAGCUGACCAGGCAUUUUGUAGGCCUGAGGGUUCUGGGACAUACCUUGCGUGCCAGCACAAAUGAAUUCUUGCUGCUCAUUAUAUUCCUGGCAUUGGGAGUCUUAAUCUUUGCCACAAUGAUCUAUUAUGCUGAGAGGAUAGGUGCUAACCCAAAUGAUCCCAGUGCCAGCGAACACACACAGUUUAAAAAUAUCCCCAUCGGCUUCUGGUGGGCGGUCGUCACCAUGACCACGCUCGGAUACGGAGACAUGUACCCCAAGACUUGGUCGGGAAUGCUGGUAGGAGCCCUAUGUGCUCUUUCUGGAGUGCUGACCAUAGCCAUGCCCGUGCCAGUCAUCGUGAACAAUUUUGGAAUGUAUUAUUCUUUAGCUAUGGCUAAGCAGAAGCUACCAAAGAAAAAAAAGAAGCAUAUCCCGCGUCCGCCCCAACUGGGAUCCCCCAAUUAUUGCAAAUCUGUUGUAAACUCUCCGCACCACAGCACUCAGAGUGACACAUGCCCGCUUGCCCAGGAAGAGAUAUUAGAAAUUAACAGAGCAGAUUCCAAAGUGAAUGGAGAUGUGGCCAAGGCGGCGUUGGCAAAUGAAGACUGCCCCCACAUAGACCAGACUAUAACGCCUGAUGAGGCCCUGUCCUUUACGCAGUCUAGCACUCGCGAGAAAGGUGGGCCUUACUUUCUCCUUUCACCAGAGGAAUACCCCAGCCCACCUGAUGGAGGAAUAAGGAAGGUUGUGCAUAGAUGGCCCGGUGGAUAAUGUUGCCAAGUGAUACGACUCUCAGCAUGACCGUGCAUGGAAACCCCGCUGCUCGAGUGACUUUAUUCCUUAGUACAUUCUGUUUUCGAUUCACUGCUGUACUUUGCAUUCCAUAUUCCAAAGGAUAGAAUGCUGUAAAAGAGUAGCCAACAAACCGUUGCCAUGAACUUUCUUCUGGGACUUUAAUUCUCAUUAUCUUGUUAAGAGGUCCUUGGUCCAUCAACCCAUCCAUCUCCUAGCAUGGAUCAGUAUCUAAAUGAUUACUCAGCCUCAUCCAUGAUGUCUUGUCCCAUGAUAUCCGUCAUGGGCACGGCUUAUAACUGGGGUACAAAAGUAUUGACUAGUGACAGAUAAUAACCAUAAGUGGGCAUUAUACAUAUAUAGGUUAUUGGUGGGCCAUACACUGCAUGAUACUGAUUUACAGUAUAGGAAGAAGGGUGAAUGUAUCUAAUCAUAUCUAUUCAAGUGGCAAAUGCUCAUACUAGUAGAGUGUUAACCUGGCUGUUAAUGGAUCCGCUGGCUGCUGGAAAAAUCGGAAACGACUGAAGAUUCGCUAUUUCUCAGGAUUAUUUAUGAGCCAUAGGAACCCUGCGAGAGUCUGCAACAAACACAGUAGGAUGAAUUGUUGCAUGGGCACCUAAUACAUUAGAAAGCAAUAUUCAGAUGCAAUGAGCUCUCAGCUCUGGCUGACUGCAUGGGGAAAAUAACUCCAUUGGACGCCUCUGCAUGUACUGCUUCUCCUCUGUCUUCUUUCUUUAAAAGCUUGAUGUGAGCGCACGUGGAAGAUGCUAAGUUUCCGUUGUGUUCCGUUUACAGGGAAGUUUUUGCAAAGAGCGUCCUGUCAUUGCUAAAUAUAUGCAAGCAGAGGCAGUCAGUGCUUGGGGAUGCUGGCGUGGCAGGAAAGGCUGCUACUCACCUUGGUGGAAGGAGCAGAGGCCAGCAAGUACUACUACUGCGCAGGAUAGACGGACAGUGCUGCAGGAGCUGAGGCCAUGCUUGUUCAGUAUGGAGAUGCAGGCUUUUCUACGGCCAAACGGAACAAACUAAGAGAAUAGUUUUCUACAUUUCUGUCUCGCAUGGAUUGCAUGAUGUAAAAUAAGAUGAAACAAACUGGGAUUGUACAUUCCCAAAAAGGCAUAUAUUUUCAUUUAAAGCUCUUUAAUUUUACAUACCUUAUGUAGCAGAAAUGUAAAACAUUAGAAACUGUAUAAUGAUUUGCUCUGGAUCGCUUAUUUUCUACACAGACCAAUAGUUCAUAAGAUACGUGCAAUCGGCAGCCAUCGGUCAUAUUGACCACCCCUACAUACAGUACAUCAUCGAUAGAUCCACACCAACAAUGAUUGUCCCGCUGGGCACAUUUAUUUAACGUCUCUGUUGGCAUGCUUGUGAAACCAGGGACCUAGACUCCCAAUAGAAAUGGAGGAGCUAGGUUUAUUUUGCAGUUAAGGCUCUAUUGUAUAUUAUCGGUGUGUAUAAAAAAAAAUCUAAUAUGAAUAUUCUUCUUAAAAGAUUGUUCUUAUUAAAAUGAUCAUUAUGAAUCUAAACAUAAGAAAAUAUGUUACGUUUAAUGCUGGGACUUGUGAAGAACACAAUUCAGCAAAAGUCUGAGAACCAAGGACAGUAUUGUAUGCAACUGAACCUUCCUCGAGCAAAGAUGCAUGCAGAAUGUUAUGCAAACACAAUCUAGCAUGAAAUAAAUUUUCUAUCAUGGUU